AUGGAUCAAAUUGAUUUGAACACAUGGCUCAAUGGCGACGAUGAUAUAAUGGAUACAUUGGUUGGGUUAGCUUCGAUUCCUGAUGAAUCUGCGAGUAGCCAUCGCAAUCCACAGAAUUCUGGAGCUGAUAUUCUUGAAUUUAUAUUACAAACAGGCAAUAUACACAACAGUAACCCAGCAUCUCUACCCAUCAGUACACAACAUACACAGCCUCAUCCUCCUGCCCCUGCCGCUCCCUCCACUGCCUCCGCUCCUUCAUCUACCUCCCCACUGCAGCAAGCGAAUCAGAUGAUUGAACGACAAUCCCAGGCUCCUAACCCCAUUGUAAUCUCUGAUGCAAUGUUCAGGGAUUCAGUGUCUGUUGUACAAGAAAAGGAUAACUUUGUUACAUUUCUACCGCAUUCGACUCCAGCGACCAAGAAACAAACGGCCCCAAAGAAAGCCAAAUUCAAGGAGCCUAUCUUUGUGACAGAAUCACCUCAGAGCUACAAGAAGAAGAAGAGGGCUGCUGCCGCCGCAAAUCCAACAAAUCACAGCAGUGCUGAAGACAAUUCAGACGAUGAUAUGCUUUUGGAAGACGACAUGCAUCACUCUAAUUCCAGUUUGAAACAAAUGACUUCCAAGGAAAGACGUCAAUUGAGAAACAAGAUCUCUGCUCGUAACUUUAGAGUUCGAAGAAAGGAAUAUAUUACUCAACUAGAGGAAAAGGUGUCAGAUCAUGAAAAGACCAUCAAGGAUCUCAAGAAGGAAAAUGAAAAAUUGCGUCAAGCGAACCAAGAACUCAUGAAGCAACUGCUUAUUCAACCCAUCACUCCUCCCUCCUCUUCUGGCGAUGAACUCUUAUCUAGCUCUUCCACAUCCUCUGGCUCCGAGGGUCACCAUUCGCCUGAUGCCGUCCCUCCAGCCUACCACUUCCAAUUGAAUGACCUAUACGACUUUAAUUUGUUUGAUCAGCAAGCGCAACAAGCUGCUCACCAACAAACACAAAUGAAUGAAUCGUCCAAUUUGUUCUAUCUCAAUCAUGCGACAAUGCCCGAUUGGGACAUGACCCAGGUUUUGAGUGAUAAGGGCAAAUCCAUUUCUCCCGAAGACUACCAAAGAGAACUUUCAAGAGAGCUGAUCAACGACUAUCCCUUGUUGGCUCCUGCUCUUAUGUCUAUUGUCCUUCGCCAUACGUUAUCUCUGGAAUACGUUACAGCCCUUGCCAAAGAGUUCUCUGACAAAGUGGGUGCCGAUCUUAUUGGGGAAGACCCUACAAAAACCAAGCACACUGAGGAUGAUCAAGAAACAAUUGGCGGUUUAGAUCUUGAAGAUCUGAAGGCUAGCUUUAACACACUGAAGAUUGAGGACAAACAAGAGUCUACAGAAAAGAAACCUGAACUCUCAGAACUUGACAUUACCAAAAUUGUGCUCACAAAGCAUUAUAGGUACUAUGUCAUGAAUCGUGCCCGUGGUUUGACUCAUGAAGAAAUUAUUGAAAAAUGCAAACCAUGCGUUCUAGGCGAGGUAGUUUGCUCCUCUCCCAUGACAAGGCUAAAGAAGAAGCUCGUAGAUCAAGGCCGCAAAAAAGAAAGCUCUGGCAGUAAAGGCAACAACAUUCAAACACUGCAUGCUUACUGCCGUGUAGCUGGAAAUCUCUUGAGACAUCCUCAUCGCAUGACUCGUGUAAGCGAUGUUCUUAGAAAAGAAAUCGAAUUCACAGAGAACAAGCACGCUGCUCAAGUUGAAUCUCACUACAGGAGUCUCAUCAGCCCUUCUCAAAAGCCUCGUAUCGCCAGUUAA